ACUGUGACUGCAAGCGUCAACUCAAGUUCAUCACUUCUUCGACUAGACCAGGAACUCGAUAAAAUUAGUUCUCCAUUUUCUCAUUCACGAUUCAGCUGUAGCUGCAGGAAGCCGGGUCUUGGCUGGCGUGUCUUAUAGAAGCUUGGAGGUGAUUGGACGACCACAUCUUCAAGCAAACCGAUAAAACAGUCUAUAAUCUUCUGAGUCAUCUCUUCAAUCCUCAAGAAACAACCCCAGAUUUAUGGAAGCCAAGAUGGAGGAUCUUAUCAAAGCAAUCUACACAACGCCGAUUAUCGACAAUCAUGCUCACCCUCUCCUGGUCCCACCUGCCGUCAACACCUAUCCACUCCUGUCAAUUACCACGGAAGCACAUGGCGAUGCUAUCAAAGCGACAACAACGUCUCUUUCACAUAUACGAGCUGUCAAGCAACUAUCUGACAUUCUGGGGUGCCCACCUACAUGGGAAGACGUCGUCAAUGCACUGAACGUUGAAAAUGCGAAGCCUCACCAUGCUUGGGCCAAGCGAUGCUUCGAAGGUAUCGAGACCGUUUUAGUUGAUGAUGGUCUCGGUAACAAAGAUGAAAUCUAUGACUAUGGCUGGCACGACAGAUUGACCAGAAGUGAAUGCAAGAAGAUUGUUCGCAUCGAGAAGGUCGCUGAAGAGAUCAUCGAUACCCUGAUGAAGAAUACCGAACUCAGCCCUGACGAUAUCUUCAGUGGUACGAGGGAAGCCUUCGAAAUGGUCAUCAAGGAUGCGAUUGAAGAUCCUGAUGUUGUAGGCUUCAAGUCUGUCAUAUGUUAUCGCACGGGCUUGGAUAUCCCACCCCAUCUAUCAAUCUCAGAGGUCAGAGAGGCUUUCACUGACCACAUCACUUCGUUGCAGGAAGAUGGUGUCACCCAUUUUACAAGAGUUGAUGGACAGCCAAUGAAUGCUUACCUGGUCAACAAGACAGCUCAUCUGAUUGCCAAUUCAGAUGGUCCGAAGAAGCCGUUUCAAUUCCACACUGGUCUGGGCGACAACGAUAUCACCCUCACCAAAUCAUCACCAUCCCAUCUUCAACAAUUCAUCCGAAAGUAUCCCGAGGUACCUAUUGUUUUGCUUCAUGCCAGUUAUCCCUGGACCAAAGAAGCGGGAUAUCUUGCUAGUGUCUAUGAAAAUGUGUACGCCGACAUUGGAGAGGUCUUUCCGUUUGUUAGUAAGGACGGACAAGAAAAAGUGGUCCGAGAAAUCCUUGAACUUUGCCCUACAGAGAAGUUAUGCUGGUCUACAGACGGACAUUGGUUUCCGGAGACCUACCUUCUCGCUAUCAUCCAAAUGAGGGAAGCUUUCCAAAAGGUUUUCACGGAAUACGUGCAAGAUGGAGCUUUGACUGUCCCGCAAGCUAUUAGAGCUGUGGAAGACAUACUUUUCACAACGUCUAACAACCUGUAUGAUCUCGGACUAGAGAUGAAGCCCUUGCCCAUCACCACAGAUCUUCCUAGCAGGCUGCUUGAGGCUCCAAAGUCGGACGCCCAAGUAUUGACCAAGUUCCUGACGGACAAUCCUACUGUUAAGUUCUUGCGAAUUCAAUACCUUGAUUAUACAGCUACUUCUCGCCUGAGGGUUCUCCCGGUCAGAGAAGCAACAGCCAUGCUGAAAAAGAGUCCUGAUUUGCAACUUAGCGCCACUCCAGCUUUACUUGGAUUGCUCCAGCACGAUGUUAUCAUUCCUGGAGUGACGGCAUCUGGCGAAUACAUUCUUCACCCAGUCCUUUCAUCUCUCAAGCCAGGCCCUUACAAAGGCUACGCAUUCGCGCAAAGCGAGUUCCGCAAUGUAGAUGGAUCUGAAGUCCCUCUUUGUCCCCGUACUGCUCUUCGUCGCAUCGUUACCCAAGCCGCGUCACAGAAUUUGACCUUCCUCCUCGGUUUCGAGAUCGAGAUCGUCUUCAUGAGUCGCUCCGCAACAGAUGGCUCACUUUCCCCACUCAAAAACUCAGCUGGUCACGCAUAUGGCUCAUCUCGCACCCUCCACGGCAACGAGAUAUUGGACUUGCUUGAGGACAUCUACGAUACGCUGGAAGCAGCUGAUAUCCACCUCCAACAAUGGCACUCAGAGGCCGCUCAGGGCCAAUACGAGUUCGUGCUUCCGCCUUCUCCUCCGCUUGAAGCGGUCGAUAUGUUGAUCCAGGCUCGUGAAAUCAUCACAACAGUAGCAGCGAAUUAUUCCAUUCGCGCAACCAUGUUCCCAAAACCCUUCCCUAUGAUGGCAGGUACUGCUACACACGCCCAUAUGUCCAUCUCUUCCCCUGGAGGCGAUGAGAAGCAGGUUUGGGAACCUUUCUGGGCUGGAGUAUUGAAGCAUUAUAGAGCUAUUAUCGCCUUCACCUACAGCAAUCCUGCCAGUUACGAUCGCAUGGUAGACAGCUGCUGGGCCGGUGGACGAUGGGUUUGCUGGGGAACUCAGAACAAAGAGGCGCCCCUGAGGAGAGUCGAAGGCUCGCAUUUUGAGAUGAAGACUCUGGAUGGAUUGGCAAAUCCUUACUUUGCAAUUGCCGCAAUCAUUGCUGCUGGACUUAUUGGUGUUGAAGGCAAGGAACCUUUGUUGCUUGGUGAUGCGGAGAAGGAUCCGGGUCAGUUGACGGCCGAGGAGAGGAAGGAGUUGGGUAUCACGGAGAUGUUCCCACCUGACUUGCCAGCUGCUUUGGAGGCGUUGGUUGCUAAUAAGGAGAUGGUGAACUUACUGGGCAGUGAGUUGGUAGAAAGAUAUGUUAACGUUAAGAAGGCAGAGAUGGAGAUGCAGGGGAAGAUGGAGACAGAUAAGAGGAGAAAUUGGCUUCUGGAAAGAUAUUAGAGGCUGAAUGAAGAAGUACAGAGGUGUUUGUGGCAGGCGUCGAUUCUGUUUUAUGAAGGGAAAUCCCCAAUUAUGAUUCUGCUUCUACAAAAUUUUGUAUCUAAUUAUCCUAUGAAUUACGAUACAUGAGGAAUGCUUGCUGCCCAUGUUGCAGUAUAAGCAUCGACAGGCAAGAAACACAA